GCAAGCCGAGUUCUUCUUGUAUGUUGUCUGUACGCAAAGUUUUUUAUAAAUUAUAAAUACGAAUAUUAGGAAAUAAAAACUUAGCAAAUGCUCAAGAAUAAAGGUCAACUUAUGUUCGAGGAUAAAUGGCCUCAUAUGGAGGCAGUCGUUCUCAAAUUGCUGCUUCAAGAUCAUGUUGAUAACACAGAAUGGCAAGAUCUGUUUUAUGCUGUUCAUUCAGUAUGUUUAUGGGAUGAAAAAGGACCUCAAAAGAUACGUGACAGUUUGGAAGAUCUAAUUGUAGCUUUCAUCAAACAAGCGCAAUCAAGAGUACUUAUAGCAGGGGAGGAACAAGCUCUCCUUAAAGCGUACAUUAUAGAAUGGCGAAAGUUUUUCACUCAAAGCUCUUUUCUUCCUCUACCAUUUUGGCAGCUUGAGAAUCUUCUGCAAGUAAAAUCAUCAUCGUCCAGCCACAGUUCCAAUAAUACUUCAACGAAAAAAACAUUGAGUUCAGAUGACAGUGUUGUUAGAAAGCUUAUGUUAGAUAGCUGGAAUCAAAGUAUUUUUCUUAAUAUUAAAGAUCGCUUGCAAGAAUCUGCUAUGAGACUUGUUCAUUCAGAGAGAAAUGGCGAAGCUUUUGACUCUCAGCUUGUCAUUGGAGUACGUGAAAGUUACGUGAACUUAUGUUCAAAUUUUGAUGACAAAUUAGAAAUUUAUCGUGAGAAUUUUGAGGCUGCUUAUCUACAAGCAACAGCAGAAUUUUAUCGCCUAAAAGGAAAUGAACAAUUACAGGCAAAUGGUGUGCAAAGUUUCAUGCGCUACGCUGAAGCUAAAUUGCGUGAGGAAGAAAUGAGAGCAAAACGUUACUUGGAACCCGUUAGUGCAAAUGCAUUAGCCGAAUGUUGUGUUCGUGUUCUUAUCGAUGAUCAUUUACCAACUUUACGGACAGAAUGUCGUCCACUUAUCGAAAUAGGCGAAACAGAGCGUCUCAAUUUGAUGUUUAGAUUAUUAGAUCGCGUAGAUGGAGGCGUCAAUCCAUUGCUUAAUGAUCUUGAAAAUCAUAUUGUCAGUUCAGGACUCUCAGAUAUGAUUGCGUCUGCCGACAUAAUAACUCAAGACAGUGAGAAGUAUGUUGAACGAUUACUUGAUCUUUUUCGUCAGUUUAGUAAACUUGUACAAGAAGCAUUUAAUGAUGAUCCGAGAUUCCUUACAGCAAGAGAUAAAGCAUUUAAGAGUGUGGUUAAUGACACGACAGUUUUUAAACUGGAUUUACCCACAAAUACAACAGUGAGAGGCACAAAAGCGACAACACCAGAAAGUAAAUGUCCUGAAUUGUUAGCCAAUUAUUGCGAUAUGUUAUUGCGAAGAACGCCAUUGAGCAAAAAGUUAACAAGUGAUCAAAUAGAAGCUCGUCUUAAAGAUGUGCUGUUAGUACUUAAAUACGUAUGCAACAAAGAUGUCUUUAUGCGUUAUCAUAAAGCGCAUCUCACUCGUCGCUUAAUUCUUGAUUCAAGUGCAGAUUCCGAAAAGGAAGAAGAUAUGGUUGAAUGGUUGCGUGAGAUUGGAAUGCCUGCUGAUUAUGUUAACAAACUAGCAAGAAUGUUUCAAGAUAUUAAAGUAAGUGAGGAUCUCAAUACUCAAUUCAGGUCAGAAACAACAAGACACGAUGCUAUUAACAUUAAGAUUCUCAAUGCUGGCGCUUGGGCUGCUCGUUCUUCUGAAAGGGUCUCAGUAAGUUUGCCGUUAGAACUUGAGGACUACAUACCAGAAGUUGAAGAAUUUUACAAGAAGAAACAUUCCGGAAGAAAACUUCAAUGGUUUCACCAUAUGAGCAAUGGAACUAUAACAUUCAUGAACAAUGUCGGUCGCUUUGACUUGGACGUUACAACUUUUCAAAUGGCAGUCUUGUUUGCAUGGAAUCAGCGACCGAAUGAUAAAAUUUCAUACGAAAAUCUUCGAUUAGCAACAGAACUUCCUGAUCCCGAACUUCGUCGUACUCUUUGGUCAUUAGUGGCAUUUCCAAAGCUUAAGCGACAAUUGCUCUUGUACGAUCCAAUAGCUCAAGCGCCAAAAGACUUUGUCGACAAUACCGUGUUUUGGAUUAAUCAAGAUUUUUCUAUCAUUAAAAAUGGAAAGGCUCAGAAAAGAGGAAAAAUUAAUCUAAUUGGUAGAUUACAGUUGAGUACUGAACGGUCGCAACAGGAAGACAAUCAAUCAAUAGUUCAGCUAAGAAUUCUUCGAACACAAGAAGCAAUUAUAAAGAUUAUGAAAAUGAGAAAAAGAAUGACCAAUGCAGCGUUACAGGCUGAAUUGAUUGAAAUUCUUAAGAAUAUGUUUCUUCCUUCGAAGAAAAUGAUCAAAGAGCAACUCGAAUGGCUGAUUGAACAAAAAUAUCUGGCACGUGAUGAUGGUGAUAUUAAUGUUUUUACGUACAUGGCUUGAAAGCUUUAGAAUCAAUAUCUUCUACUUUAUAAUCUCGUUUUUGUUAAAUUUUGAAUUUCAAUAAACAAACUUCAUGAUUUUUCUUUUAUCCUUGCUUUUUAUUAAAUUCAAAUUCAAUAUUUCUUACAAAUAAAAUUGA